AUGCAGCCGGUGCUGGGCGUCUUCUUCAUGCUCCUCUUCGUGCUGCUGUGUCUGCUCGGCAUCGCGGCCAACAGCUUCAUCGUGCUGGCGCUGGGUGGCGAGUGGCGGCGGCGCGGGCGGCUGCUGCCCGCCGACCUGGUGCUCCUCAGCCUGGGCUGCUCGCGCUUCGGGCUGCAGUGGGUGGGCCUGGCCAACAACCUGUACUACGCGCUGCACCUGGGCCAGUACUCCAGGGGCCCUGCGCGCCAGCUCUUCGGCCUGCACUGGGACUUCCUCAACACGGCCACCUUCUGGCUGGGCGCCUGGCUCAGCGUGCUGUUCUGCGCCAAGAUCGCCAGCUUCGGCCACCCGGCCUUCCUCUGGCUCAAGUGGAGGCUGCCCGCCUCGGUGCCCUGGCUGCUGCUCAGCUCCCUGGCCAUGUCCACUGUGGUCACCCUGCUGUUCUUCUGGGGGAACCACGCCAUGUACCACGGAUUCCUGAUGGGGGAAUUCUCGGGGAACCGGAGUUACCGCGAGUGGAGCCAUAGGCUGGAGAUCCACUACUUCCUGCCGCUGAAGCUGGCCACGCUGUCGGUGCCCUGCUCGCUCUUCCUCGCCUCCAUGGCGCUGCUCAUCAGCUCGCUGCGGAGACACGUGCGCAGGAUGCGGCCCCGCGCCGCCCGCCCGCAGGACCCGCAGGACCCACGCGCCCAGGCGCACGUGCGCGCACUCAAGGCCCUGGUCUCCUUCCUCACCCUGUACGCGCUGUCCUUCGUGUCCCUCAUCAUCGAUGCGGUGGGCCUCUUCACCUCCGAGAGCGACUGGUACUGGCCCUGGCAGAUUCUCAUCUACCUGUGCACCUCGCUCCAUCCCUUCAUUCUCAUUCUCGGCAACCUCAAGCUCCGCGGGGCGUGCAGGCAGCUGCUGCUGCUGGCCAGGGGCUUCUGGGAGGCCUAG